ACAAACUAAUUCCCAUUUUCGUCUCACAAAUACCUGCGUUCCAAGAAACUUCGUCACAUGGGUCUCUCGAUCCCUCAGUUUAUUAUAUAUAGCACUACAACACCUGGCCGCGUAUGGUGCUCCUCCAGUGUAUGACCCUUUUUUGUUCAUAAAUCUCAAAGCUUUCUUCCAGGUACGCCUGCCCUUCAACUUCUUUGCCUUUCUCUUCAGUAAAGGUUCGUUCUUUCCUUAAAAAUUGAGUCUUGGACUUGAACCCUCCUCCCUCUUGCUUCUAGUGAGAAUUCUUGUGGGUUUUACUCAGAAUUUGAUUGUUUGUGAUUAUGGAUCCAACUUACACUGGACUCCCUGAUUUCAUGAACGACAUUGAUUUCGAUCCCAUGUUACCCAAUUCAUCUCAAUUCCCAGAAAUCCCAAAUCAGUACCAAUUUAACCAGCUCUCUCCAGAUCUCAACUUUUUCAGCAAUCAGUUUUCAAUUCCACCUGAGCCGGAUUCCGGUAAUCUUGUUCCUCCAAUUAGUGUCAGCACAGAGGGCGAGUCUUUUUCUGUUCCUACCACUGUUAGCCCCGGAGUAGAUUCUCCGUCCUCUGAUGACAUUGACUUCUCUGAAACUGUGUUCAAGUAUGUAAACCAGAUGCUUAUGGAAGAGAACAUAGAGCAAAAGCCCAUCAUGUUCUAUGAUCCGUUGGGUCUUCGUGACACUGAGAAAUCGUUCUAUGAUGUUCUUGGUCAACAGUAUCCCUUCUCACCCAAUCAGCAACCACUUUAUGUUGAUCAACCCAAUCAGCAACCGCUUUAUGUUGAUCGAAAAGUUGAGAGCCCUGAUAGUUACUUUUCUGGUAACAGUAGUGAUUUCAAUGCUAGUAGUAGUCCUAGUACUGGCGCUAGUAAAUCGGUUGAUUCUCAAUCGCUUGGUGAUUAUGGAGAGCAGAAGCCAUCUUCAUCAGAAACCUCUCAAUCCGGUGACAGUGGUUACCAGUUUAAUUCUCAUUCCAAUUCUCAGUUGUCUGUUCCUGUGACAAAUAGCCUGUCUAGUUUUGGUGAUGGGAUGUCCGAAUCUUCUGUAAAUCAGUUUCUGGCUCAGAAUAUAUUUACAGAUAGUGAAUCUGUGUUGCAGUUUCAGAGAGGGUUAGAGGAAGCUAGUAAGUUCCUUCCCAAAGUUAAUCCAUUGGUUAUUGAUUUGGAAAGCAGCACAAUGUCUCCACAAGUGAAAGGACGUGUUCCAACUGUUAUCGUCAAGAGGGAAAAAAGUGAGAGGAAGAACUCACCUAGUAGGCGAAGGGGAAGGAGGAAAUCACCGAAUGGGUCAAGGGAAACAAAGAACUCACCUGAUGGGUCAAGGGGAAGGAAGAAUCAUGAGCGAGAAGAUGUGGAUUCUGAAGAAGGGAGGAGUAGCAAGCAGUCUGCAAUUUAUGAGGAGGAGGACGAAUUAUCCGAGAUGUUUGACAAGGUCUUGCUUAGUACCGAGGGGGGUAAUCAGUCUUCAUGUGGUUCAUGUGGCAACAAUGUAGAUAUGCAGAAUGAAGAAGGCAAAAACUUACAGCCAAAUGGACAACCACAAGCAUCAAAUGGUGAAGGUAGAAAGGCUCGUGCUAAGAAACAAGGCAAGAAGAAGGAAACUGUGGAUUUAAGGAAUCUCCUGAUUCUGUGUGCACAAGCUGUGUCUACCAAUGAUAUUAGGACCUCUGCCGAACUACUAAAGCAAAUAAGGCAGCAUUCUUCUCCUUUUGGUGAUGGAUCUCAAAGGUUGGCUCAUUUCUUUGCAAAUGGCCUUGAGGCACGAAUGGCUGGUACUGGCACUGGAACCCAGAUUUUUUAUACUUCUCUUGCUUCUAAAAAGACAUCGGCUGUUGAUAUUUUGAAAUCUUACGAAGUUAGUCUUUCUGCUUGCCCUUUUAAGAAAAUGUCAAUUUUCUUUAAAAACAAGAUGAUUUUUAAGAUGGCUGAGAAAGCAACUACCCUCCAUAUUGUAGAUUUUGGUAUCCUGUAUGGUUUUCAGUGGCCAAUCCUUAUCCAGAAGCUAUCAAUGAGAGCUGGUGGACCUCCCAAGUUACGAAUUACAGGGAUAGAGGUUCCCCAACCUGGAUUUCGUCCAGCAGAGUGGAUUGAAGAGACUGGACGCCGCUUGGCAAGAUAUUGUGAGCGCUUUAAGGUUCCUUUUGAGUUUAAUGCGAUAGCCUCGCAGAAUUGGGAAUCCAUCCAAGUAGAUGACCUCAAGGUUGAGAGGAAUGAGGUGCUUGCUGUGAAUUGUAUGUCACGGUUCAAGAACCUACUGGACGAGACAGUUGAAGUGAACUGUCCAAGAGAUUCUGUUCUAAAGCUAAUCAGGAGGUUGAAACCAGAUAUUUUUGUUCAUACUAUUAUUAAUGGUGCCUACAAUGCCCCUUUCUUUGUCACUCGAUUUCGGGAGGCUCUCUUCCACUUCUCUGCCUUGUAUGAUUCAUUUGAUGUUACUAUACCCCGUGACAGUCCAGAGAGGUUGAUGUUUGAAAGUGAGUUCUAUGGCCGGGAGGCCAUGAAUGUGAUAGCAUGCGAGGGGAUAGAGAGGGUUGAGAGAGCUGAGACAUACAAGCAAUGGCAGGUACGUUGUCAAAGGGCUGGUUUACAGUUGUUGCCAUUGGACCAAGAGUUAGUGAAGGUGUUUAGGGAUAAGGUAAAGGCAUGGUACCACAAAGAUUUCACAAUUGAUCAAGAUAGUGAUUGGAUGCUACAAGGAUGGAAGGGCCGAAUUGUCUAUGCUUCUUCUUGUUGGGUGCCUGCAUAGGAUUCUUGCAAAGCAUUUUUUUCUUUUUUGAAGUUUGAUCUUCUGUGAGAACUGGGGAUGAAGAGGAUGUCCAAUAACCUGUUCAGAGGUCAAUUGUGGCAGUACUUUCUUCUUGCAGAAGAGCCCUAAGGAGGACUGGAGGAGAGAUGAUUUGCUUAGAUGGUUUCUGCAUAUCUCUUUGGACUCAAAUAGAUGCGAUAUCUGAAGGCUUUUUGGUCAUGAUAAAUGACAAUCGAGUUAUGGGUUCUUGUAUGAUGUAUAGUUGUCUAGAUGCAGUUGGUUGUAUAACUAUGGACAAUAAAACUGCCUAGAUAGAUAACAAAAUAUGAACUUCUGUUGUGAUGGAAAGCUAUUGUUACACUAACACUGCCUCGAUCCUUGUAUUCACCAUCGGUGUAGCAGUGGAGGGAAGUUUCUAUUCUGAAUCUUUGUACAAUCUUUUGGAAACUUGAAGUUUUGUAUCCGUUUUAUCAGAAGUUAUCAAGAAGUGGAAUUUUGAUUUAAUU